AUGCCGACUCAAGCAUUCUCGGCGCCAGGGCAGGCCGUCGAAGAGGCCAAGGCAGGAGGUCACCAUGCCCACGGCACGCACAACUACCCCGACCCACUUACACACAUUGACCGCACUUCAUGGGAUGUCACAAUCGUAGGUGCUGGUCCUGCUGGUCUUAUGCUUGCUACAUCACUUGCUCGUUUCGGCGGCUUUGAUGUGCUUGUCAUUGACGAGCGAUCCGAGCCUACCACCGCUGGCCGUGCCGACGGUAUCCAGCCACGCACCAUCGAGGUUCUUCGCAACAUGGAGCCUCUUGGUUCUGAAUUCUUUGACCGCAGUGCUCCAUCGUACGAGCGUACCUUCUGGGAUCCCCGCUCCGAUGGCCAGCGUGGUAUCGAGCGCACUCGACGUGUCCAGUCCUUCCCGACAGACAUGGAGAUUCAGGACAACUGCACACUCGGCUUGCAGCAGGGUUUGAUCGAAGGCGGUUUCUUGAGGGACAUGGAGCGCCACGGUCAGCGUGUUACCCGUCCAUGGGCCUAUCAGAACUUCGAGAUGACGGACGACCCCAAUUACCCCGUCACUGUCACUCUGGAGAAGAUGAAGCCCGUCCUCGAGUCAACCAACGAAGGUGGUGCACCCAUCAGCAUCAUCAAGCCUACCGGCGAGACAAAGACGAUUCGCACAAAAUACCUUGUCGCCUGUGACGGUGGUCGAUCACGCUUGCGAAAGACCCUUGAGGACCGACACGAGUUCACAUUCAAUGGUGAUUGGGUCGACACCCUCUGGGCUGCCCUUGACUGCGUUGUCGAGACCAACUUCCCCGAUGUCCGCAAGAUCGCCGCUAUCCACUCCAAAAAUCACGGUGCACUCUAUAUCUUCCCGCGAGAGAACAACGAGAAGGGAGAGCCCAUCAUUCGAUGCUACACUCAGGUCAACCGUCUUGGCGGCGAGAAGAGCAAGCAGUCGGCGCUCGAUGCCCGUGACAAGGUCACUGCCGAGAUGGUCAUGAAAGCUAUCAAGGAGAUCGCUUACCCUUACCACUUUAAAUUCAAGGGUGUCGAGUGGUUCACAUGCUACCCCAUCGGUCAGCGAUUGAUCUCGAGAUACUCGCUUCCAGCGGGAAAGACUGCCAGCGGUGUCAACUUCCCCGGUCACCGCGUGUUGCUUGCUGGUGAUGCUUGUCACACUCACUCGCCUAAGGCUGGUCAGGGUAUGAACACGGCCAUCAUCGACUCUCAGGCAUUGGCAUGGAGGAUCAACUUGGUCGAGAAAGGUCUUGCUGACCCCGACACCUUGCUCGGCACCUACCACGACGAGCGUCACGCAACGGGCAAGCAGCUCAUCGACUUUGACUCGGAGUACUCGGCUCUUUUCUCUGGUGAGGUUCCCAAGAAUACCCCCGAGGUCGCCACCAUGUCCGACGCUGAGAAACGUGAGCACUUUAUCAACAUUCAGCGUCGCAACGCCGCUUUCACCACUGGUGCAGGUGUUCUCUACGCCGACAAUGUCCUCAACCACUGCGAUCCAAGCAAGCUUGGGGUCGCCAAGAUCACCAACAAGCUAGAACCUGGUCGCAGACUCCAGCCUGCAUGGGCAACACGCUGGUCCAACUCUCAGCCUGUCCGAAUGGUCCACGAGAUCCAGUUCACAGCGCCGGGUGGGUUCAGACUCUACGUCUGUGCCGGAGACCUAGACAAGAACAUGCGUCACCUCGAGGCUUUCGCCAAGUACCUUGCUUCCCCCCACUCUUUCGUUAAUCGUUUCCGUGCUAACCAACGAGCAAUGCUUCUCGAGCACCGCGCUUACCAUCAGCUCCCCGACUCGCUCAACACCGGCUUGGCUGAUGGAUUCGCAUCGGAAGCAAAUCCCUUCUUCCACCUCUUGCUCAUCGUCAAGUCGCAGCGAUUCGAUAUCGAGAUUGAGCAGAUUCAGCACCUCGGUGCACUCAAAAGCAUGCUUUACUGCGACGACAUCGAGGCAGGUGAUGGUGCAUUCAAGGUCACUCUUGACAAAAGAUUCGUCGGUGCUCUGCACGAGAAGUGGGGGUUGCCAAAUGGAGGUGUGGUCAUUGUCAGGCCGGACGGAUACGUUGGUGCUAUCACACCACUCGACCACGGUCAGACUGGAUUCCAGGCGAUCGAAAAGUACUUUGACGGCUUCUUGAGGCCUAGUCCUGCUGCUACAGUGCAGCACAAGACAAGAUUGUAG